GAAGAAAUAUGUCAUCACUUUCAACUGCCUUGCCAAUCAUGGCUUAGUUGAUGUUAAAACUUUGCUUUUAAAGAGUAGGUCUAAUGAGCACAGUGAAACAGACAAGUGUGAUAACCUCGGGAGAAAGCAAUGAUCAAUAUUCUUGAGAAGGGGACAUUCAGUGAUGACAUGGAAAUGAAAAAUGCAACACUGCUGACAGAGUUUGUCCUCGUGGGACUCCCAUAUCCACCGGAGUGGGAAAUCACACUUUUUCUGGUGUUCUUGGCGAUAUACCUCAUCACCAUUGUGGGGAACCUGGGUCUGAUCACUCUCGUCAGGAAUGACUCUCACCUUCACAUACCCAUGUAUUUUCUCCUUGGGAAUUUAGCUUUUGUAGACGCUUGGUUAUCAUCCACGGUGACACCAAAAAUGCUGGUUAGCUUCUUAGACAAUAAAACAACUAGGGGAUGCCAUUUUAAAACAGAUUGUGUCAAAACAGAAAUAUUGACUUCACCACCAGACUAUCUCUCUUAUGAUCGCUAUGUGGCCAUAUGCAAACCUUUACUUUACCCAGUGAUUAUGACCAAUAGACGAUGCACUCAGCUAUUAGUUCUAUCAUUUGUAGGUGGCUUUCUUCAUGCCUUAAUUCAUGAAAGUUUUUUAUUCAGAUUAACGUUCUGUAAUUCCAACAUAAUACAUCACUUUUAUUGUGAUGUCAUACCACUGACAAAGAUUUCCUGUACUGAUCCUUCUAUUAAUUACCUAAUGCUUUUCAUUUUCUCUGGUUCAAUCCAAGUAUUCAGCAUUGUGACUAUUCUUGUCUCUUAUUCAUUUGUACUCUUUACUAUUUUACAAAAGAAGUCUGAAAAGGGUGCAAGCAAAGCCUUCUACACCUGUGGAGCCCAUCUGUUUUCUGUGACUUUAUACUAUGCCCCCCUUCUCUUCAUGUAUGUGCAUCCUACAUCUUCACAAGCAAAUGAUCAGGAUAUGAUCUUCUCUCUAUUCUACACUGUCAUAAUCCCCGUGUUAAAUCCAUUUAUCUACAGCCUGAGAAAUAAGCAAGUCACAGAUUCACUGAGAAAGAUGUUAAAGAGAAAUGCUUAA